GGUUGCAGCUGGAGCUGGGGGCGGGGGGCGGCGCCGCUCGCAGGCUUCCAUCCCUCCCCUCGGCGGUGGACUCGGCUGCAAAACCGGGGGUCCCUAUUUCCCGGACCGUUUCCCACGUAGGCAGCAGCUAGGAGACCUCUCCGGACUGCAUUUCCGGCUCCCGGCCUCAUGGCAGACAAGAAACUGGUGGUCGUGUUUGGAGCCACAGGUGCCCAGGGGGGCUCAGUGGCCCGGACACUCCUGGAAGAUGGGACAUUCGGGGUCCGAGUGGUGACCCGGGACCCUGGGCAGAGGGCAGCGAAGGAGCUGAGGCUGCAAGGUGCAGAAGUAGUGCAGGGAGACCAGGAUGAUGAGGCCAGCAUGGAGCUGGCCCUGAUCGGGGCUCACGCCACCUUCAUCGUGACCAACUACUGGGAGAACUGCAGCCAGGAGCAGGAGGUCAAGCAGGGAAAGCUGCUGGCCGAUCUGGCCAAGCGCCUGGGCCUGCACUACGUGGUCUACAGUGGCCUGGAGAACAUCAAGAAGCUGACAGCAGGGAGACUGGCAGCGGGACACUUUGACGGCAAAGGGGAGGUGGAGGAAUAUUUCCGGGACAUUGGUGUCCCCAUGACCAGCGUGCGGCUGCCCUGCUAUUUCGAGAACCUCCUCUCCUGCUUCCUGCCCCAGAAAGCCCCAGAUGGAAAGAGCUACUUGCUGAGCUUGCCCAUGGGUGACGUGCCCAUGGACGGCAUGUCUGUGUCCGACCUGGGCCCCGUGGUGCUCAGCCUGCUGAAGAUGCCCGAAGACUACAUUGGCCGGAACAUCGGGCUCAGCACCUGCAGGCACACGGUGGAGGAGUACGCCGCCUUGCUCUCCAGGCACACCAGGAAGACCGUGCGAGAUGCCAAGAUAAGCCCCGAGGACUAUGAGAAGCUUGGCUUCCCCGGCGCCCAGGAUCUGGCCAACAUGUUCCGUUUCUAUGCCCUGAAACCCGACCGCAACAUCGAACUGAGCCUGAGGCUCAACCCCAAGGCCAGGACGCUGGACCAGUGGCUGGAGCAGCACAAAGGGGACUUUGCAGGACUGUGACCCUGCCCACCUCUCAGCCCCACCUUGGGGGACAGGAGGUGCAGUCACAGUGAUCCUUUCUCGUGUUACAAGAAAGUUUGUUUUUUAAAUAAAGGCCAUUGUUCUCACA